GGUGCCGUGCUGGGGUGAGGGUGUGUGUCCUCGCGCUCCCGACCACCCCCACUGUACUCUGCCUCUCUGCCCUUCCUCUCAGUCUCUUAGGAUGACGGGAUCGAACUAGUGUCCUGGGUCACCCCAGACGCACGUCGUACCUGUGGACCGUGAUAUACUGGAGGAGAUUACGCACCCUGCAGGCCACCCGUGCGCCGCGACCCAAGAGCGGGAAACGCUUGAGUUCGACCCCCCGGACACGCCUUACAGCUGCGAGGAUUACGAUGGUGAGAGAGGGGUGAGGUGGAUGGUGUGGGAGCCUACAAGGGUGGGGGUCGUGACUCUCCACAUUACGCUCCCCCACCCGACUCCUCCAGCAGCCGCAGGAGUCCGCCCGUCGUGCAGCACCCCUGCGCUCACGCCCCGACUCCUCCAGCAGCCGCAGGAGUCCGCCCGUCGCGCAGCACCCCUGCGCUCACGCCCCCAGAGGGGGGGGGGGAAAGGACAGCUGGCACAGCAGAGAUAAGACCGUUCGCUCUGUAUAGAUAAGAUCACUCGCUCCGCGAAGAUAAGGCAACUUGCACCGCAGAUAUAAGACGACUUGCACGGCAAAGAUAAGAAGGCCACUUGAACUGCAGAGAUAAGACAACUUGUACCGCAGAGAUAAGGCAACUUUCACUGGACAGAUAAGACCACUCGCUUCACAAAGAUAAGACCACUCGCACCGCAGAGGUAAAGAUGUCUUAGGGACUGUACGAAAAGUCGGAGAAGGUACUCUAGGGCUGCUGACAUCUUGGAGCGUGAGUGUGUAGUUUGGGAAGCAGUAACGUCUGGUGGCAGCAGUAGAGGCUAGGGGGGGGGGGACUGGUGGUGUCCUUGACAGGCCGCGGGCAUCACCCUCACCCACUAUGAUAUCUGUGCCACGGAAGCAGUUUCACUCUGCAAGUAUCUCGCUCACGUGCCGCACUAUUGUCUACGAAACAGUUUUCGUUAAGUGAAGAACCCAAUCAUGGCAAUAUGACGGUCAAAUUCCAGAUUUAAAUUUGCAUUAACUAACUCUGAUUUAUUUUUAUCCCAAACACAAAUAAUGAAGGUGGCCAUCCCAGGAAGAGCUAUUAAAAUGCAAGAACACUUCGGAGCGGGAUCAAAACAGCUGAACCCAAUACUGAGACACGGAAACAUUCCCUUCAACAACAUAGAAAUCAGGCCGACCAUAGACUAUCUGGCGGUGAGCUCGGCGGUCCAGGGAGCCCACGGGGUCCACGACACCAAGCCCCUCGCCAACAACAAGGACUGGAGGAGAACAACAAAGUUAUACAAAAAAGAACUGAAAGCUAAGGGGAAUAUCAGACCCUCGACCGCGGUCAGAAGACACGUCAAAAAGAUAUCCGAAGAGUUUACGAUGACCCAAACCAAGUACGAGAACUCGGUCAACACAAGUGGCGGGCCGCUCAAGAGUCCGGAGGAGAAUGAUAAAUGUCCAUCAAAGUCAGCCACAUCGACGACAUCUACUUCGUCGGCGUCAGUAAAUCAGAAAAUACCCGCGUCAAAAUUGUCCAGGAACGUCUUCUCUAAAAUAACGUGUUCUAAAUGCGAGUCCAUAACCAAAGCAUCGCGGAAGAGCACAAUCGCGCCGCUCGUGACCUCGGCCAGCACAAGCAAGGCCCCAGCUCCCACGCCCUCCAAGAUCAACUCCGCUAAAAUUCCGAACAGCAAGAGCAAGAACAGCGCCGCCUCCACCUCCUCCUCUGGAUCACCACAAAAGAAACUGCAGGCGCCGACGUCGCUCAGCCCUCCAGGGUGUUCCCCUCACCCUCGCCACAGACACCCCAGCGGCCGCGCUGCUGCUGCUGCAGGAGGCGGUGGAGGUGAACACGGGUUGGCACCCACCAGCCCGGCUCUUCCCAGGUCCCCUGGUAGGAAGGGCUCCUCCACCUCCCUCGGGGGCAUCUCGCCUCGUUCUAAGCAGAUGUCCUUUGAGCAAAUCAAGAAAGUCAAAAUAUUUACUGAAAGAGCCAUUAUGGAGGGGCGUGUGUUCUCCAUAUUCGGCUACUUCCCGGCCAUCAAGGACGCUCUGAGGAGAAGAGGAUGGGUGGAGAAGAUUCAGCACUCUGUUCCCUAUGUGAACCCGCACCCCAAUAACUGUGUGUGUCCCCACGUGGGCUACCAGGCCACCUCCCUCCCAGCCCACCCGCCCACCGCCGGGUCCGCCCACAGCACCUCGCCCGCACAAUCUAACCGGAACGCCGCAGUUGCCGCGGUAGGCGGCUGCGGCGACUCGGAAGAAGACAAAGACGACACGGAAGACAACGAUCUCGUUAACACAGACGAGAGCGAAGGUGUGAGCGACGACGCCUCUGCUCUACCCGCACUCACGUUGCCUCAUUCAUCACCUCUCUCUUCAGAGAAUUCAUCAUUACAUACAUCACCAUCAUCAUCACCUUUAUCCUCAUCAUCAGAAUCGGACGAGGAACAGAAAGUGAUCACUGCCAACCAAGGUUCUUCCAAUGUAGAAAAUAUAGUGCCGACCGAAAAGGAGAUUUCUCUAAACGAUAGCCCAGGUUUUGAACCAACUUCACACACAGACGUAUUGUCUACUUCCAGUCAAGAGUGUCAAGUGCCGGGGCAGUCUUCCAGUGUUCCAGAAGCGCCCAGUAACCCUAACCCCAAGGAACUUGUACAUAAUCUCGAUAGCUUUAACACUGCCAUACUAGGCCCCUCUGAAAUAAGGAAGGGAUUAGCGGAGUCCGUGACGGAGAAAAACGCCACAAUAUUCAAAUACAGUACAAUACACAUUCCAAAGAGUAAAUGCGAGGACAAUGUAGAGAAAACUGAAAAUGAGGAACUAAUGUUAGACCACAUCGAGUCGGACGGAGCAAAAGAAAACGGGGAAGCAACGUUAGAAGAGACACCGUUGGAAGAAGGGAAGGAGAACGGAGCCGAUGAGUCUGAGGCCAGUCCGGAGCCAUACUGCCCUUAUAUAGAGUACGAGCUCUGUGACAUGGACCUGCCUCUGGUGGCCAGGCUGCUGAGGAACGUAGAGCCCAACUUUCUGUGGACGUGGACCAGAGACUCUAUAUCCUUCAAGCACGUCAGUAGAGAGCAGGUUGUCAACCGCUUCCCCAACACUCCCUUCACCACUAAGUACGGGCUGUGCGAGACGCUGCAGCAGCUGCACUGGUUCAGCGAGGCGGCCAGCGUGGACACCUUCGUGCCCCGCGGCUACUGCAUCGGCCACGAGGACGAGCGCACCGCCUUCAUCCACGACUACCGCCUCACCGCCUGCCUCAACGUGCUCAAGUGGGUGACGGAGCGCCAUGACACCCACGGCCCGCAGGCCAUCUCCGACCCUCACGGCGAGGUGCCGAUGAAGCGAGUGCGUCAGGCGUUGGCCCACGUGGAGCAGUACAUCCAGUCUUGCUGUCAUGACGAUCUGGACGCCCCGCCGCCGCCCAGCCUCCGGGACCUCGAGUGGGACUCCCUCCUCACCGCCCACUACAAGAUCGUUCACAUGGACAAGAAGAUCAAGGUGGCCACCUCGACACAGUUACAGGCACUGGUGUCAGAAUGUGCAUCAGCACUGGAGCGUGUGGUUCCCUACUGGCCACAGCUCUCUAUGGACGGACUGAGGAACCUGUGGAUCGUGAAACCUGGGGCACAGUCGAGAGGCCGGGGAAUUUUUAUGAUGAACCACCUGGAGGAGAUCUUGGCUCUUGUACAAUCCCCGCUCAUAUACGAGACCAAGUACGUCGUGCAAAAGUACAUGGAGCGCCCACUUCUCAUCCACAACACCAAAUUUGACAUCCGCCAGUGGUUUAUGAUCACCGAUUGGAAUCCACUUCAUGUCUGGGUAUACAAGGAGUGCUACUUGAGGUUCUGCUCGCAGCAAUACGACCUCACCAACAACAACGAGGCCAUCCACCUUAGCAACAAUGCUAUCCAGUGUAAAUACCUCAAUGGGGAGAGGAGUGGCGAGCUUCCUGACGAAAACAUGUGGGACUGUCAACAGUUUAAGGAGUACCUCAGGGGGCUUAAGAAGGAGGGAAUGUGGGAAGAGGUGAUCUACCCUGGGAUGCGUGAUGCUCUGGUAGCUGCUAUGCUUGCUGCACAGGUUGAGAUGGAUUCCUUCAAACAUGGUUUUGAGCUCUUUGGUGCAGAUUUCAUGCUAACCGAAGACCUCAGGCCUUGGUUAAUAGAGAUCAACUCGUCACCAUGUAUGGCUGCCACCACCAGUGUCACGCGCCGCAUGUGUGCCCAGUGCCUCCAUGAUGUCAUCAAAGUGGUGGUUGACUAUAAGCACAACAAGACAGCAGACACAGGGCUGUUUGAGUUGGCAUAUCGUGACAGUGAGCGUUCAGUCCCCAACCCCCCGUAUCUGGGUGUCAACCUCCAGGUGGUGGGACGACAGAUCAAGAAGGGACCAAUUAAAGCCGAGAAGAAGAAAACUAAGAAAGCUCGUCCAGCUGUGCGGGUCGUUAAGCCACUGCCACUCAUCACGCUGUCUCUGGAGGAGAGUGUUCAUUAUACCCCGAAGGAUGUGUCCAGGGACUCUAGUGGGACACUGACCAGGCACUGCUCCAUCCUUGACUGUCGUAAAUAUGCCAUUGGCAGCAUUGCCUCUUUACCUAUAUCAUCAUUCACUGAGGCAUCAGAAAAAGUUGACAAUGAAUGGGAAAAAAUUAAUCAAAGUGCAAACAGUCAUGUGGAAAUCUGUAGUGAAGGGAGUAUAGCUAAACAAGUUAUUAGGGAUAUAAAUAAUUCUAGAGAAGAUUCUAGGAGAUAUAAGACCAACGAAAGUAUAGAAGGCAAGAAUACUUUAGUAAGUUCACAUACUCACACGACGGGAAAGAGCAGUGUGGUGAAUACACAUUUGGGUUGCCGAGGUUCGUGACCCCUCACACCAACAUUUUAGGUAGUUUUAACCUGGGGGAUAUUUUAGCUAAUAUGGAGUUGACAUGUGCUGCUUGCUAAUAUGGCUAGGAGUGGCAUUGUUGAGUGGGGGGAGAUGAAUAAUUUUGCUAGGAAAUGUGAAGCUGGGAAUUAUCUUGGGCAAAGAUUGAUCUGUAAUUUUGCUAGAGAAUGCAGUCAGGUAAAGUAUGUUUACUGUAUUAUAUAGCUUGUGACCAAGUCAAGUGUGCUGGGAAUAGAGGAAUUAAUAAUUUUGCUAUAAAAUGCAUCCGGGUAAGGUAUUUUUGAUAGUGAUGGAUAUAUAAUUAUUUGAAAAUUGGUGAUGAUCAGUAAUAAUUGGACAGUGUGACCAGAGUGAAAAACACUAGACAAUUAUCAUUAAUGACCAUGAAAAUUGGAGUUCAGAUAGUUAGUACUGCAAAAGAUAAAUAGGUACUGCUGUACAGUAUCUUGAAAUUUAUAAAAAUCUACAUUCUAAGUAUUAAAACAAAAUAUAAAAAAAUGCCAUGUGAGAAGACUUGUAGGGCACUGAAACUAAUCUGCUUAUUAGGAAACGACUGAAUAAAAAUUUUCAGUGAUAUGAUCUCGUGUCUCAUUAUAAGAAGAGAAACUGAGCAGUAAUUUCAUGUUUUCAUUGCACUGAUAUUUCAAUACCCAUACCAAAGUUUCUGAAAACAAAUAUAUUACUUCUGAAGGCAUUAAUAUCCAGUUGGUUAGAUCUCACUAUGGCCUUGACAUUCACAGUGAUAAAGACAUAUCAAGAGGAUUAAUUUCUUAUUAAUUCAGUGUAAUUCAGUAUACUGCAUUAACUUUAAAAAUAAAAUGGGUAUAAACAUGUGAUCAAAGUGUAAAAGAAAACUAUAAAGAUACUAUUGAAGACAAAAAUAAAACAUGUAACUAAAAUUAAUAGAAGAAAACUGAAGGAGAAUUAAAGCAUUUCUUACAGCUACUCAAGAUUACUUGCAGGCACUUAUAACAUGAUGUAGGCUACAGUACACAGGGUGAAUAUAGUUGCACAACAAUUCAGACACACGUCCACUACACACACACCAACACUGACACUUACUCGUGAUAAUGCUAAAAAAAAGAGAUAGAUCUGUGAUGGUUAAAUUAAUUUGUUACGUUAUAUUCAUGCCAAACCACAGUGUAACAACAAUUGUUGUAGUUGCACAACAAUUCAGACACACGUCCACUACACACACACCCACACUGACACUUACUCCUGAUAAUGCUAAAAAAAAGAGACAGAUCUGUGAUGGUUAAAUUAAUUUGUUAUGUUAUAUUCAUGCCAAACCACAGUGUAACAACAAUUGUUGUAGUUGCACAACAAUUCAGACACACGUCCACUACACACACACCCACACUGACACUAACUCGUGAUAAUGCUAAAUAAAGAGAUAGAUCUGUGAUGGUUAAAUUAAUUUGUUAGGUUAUAUUCAUACCAAACCACAGUGUAACAAUGCAAGGAUUGCAUACAGUCUUGGGUUAGUGCACUAGCACUUUCUUGCUAUAGUCUUUGCUAUUGAAUUUUACUUUUAACCGUGUUUUAUAAUCACUUUCUUUUCCAGUAGCUGAAGGCAUCCACUCCUGGGUUUUGCCUUUAACUAAAAAUUAAGUUUUUUUUUUACCCUUAUUAACAAUAUUCACCUCAUAGAAGGAAUCCAUACAUUACUCUGUGGAUUCCAUCAGUGUAAUCCAUAGAGUAAUCAUGCACUAAUUUGUAUAAAAUUCAAUAAAUUAAAUACAGCAUGUCAUAAAUUGUUUCUGUAUUAUUUUUACAUGUGCACAUCAAACAAUCCCACACUCGGUCUCAUAAUAAUCAUAAUAAUAGUAAUAAUUAUUAUUGUUAUUAUUAUCAUAAUUAUUAUCAUACUUAAUCAAAAGUAUGUUUAAAAUUCUGCAUCUCUUUCUUUUUUAUAGAGCAUUAAAAGUAGCAAGUUUCUCUUCUCUCUUAUAUCCGUGAGUAUUCACUGUAUUUCGGGUGAUCACUACUAUCUCUGUUCUGUUCUUAACUCACUUCGGUCAGGCAUGAACAUUUACAGUGACAAUUGGUCUUAUUAAAGUGCCAUCCUGCAAUGAUAUUUGUUUCAGAAUGGCUCUGCUACUGUUUAGACCACUCAUGUUCGGUAUGUUGUGGGAAAUAUUUUACCAGAUUUAUUUACACAUCAAGACUUGAUGUGAUCCACUGUACCAAUCCUUUAUGUAUCUUUUUCUUCAUUUUCCUGUACUCUUUUAUUUUUUUUGUGCACUCAGCACUUCCUUACGUUUUGUUUCUGUUUAUAUACAUUGCACAGAAUCUUGAGUGCAUACGUUCUGCAGUGGCAUCCUUAAGCUUUGCUGCUGUACACUUUUAACUUUCUUGUUCUGUAUUUGAAACGUUUACAACAUUUAAUAUUUUAUUCCAUGCCAUUUUCAUCAAAAUCUGUUAUGUUGCCAUCAUUGCAGUACCUUCUCUCCCAGGUGUGGGAAUUACAAGUAUAGUACAUUUCAGUUCUGUAUCUCUAAUUUGCAUUUAUGCCUUUUAAAUACUAAUUCACACAUGCAUCCCUAAAUGGUCUUCUACACUGUAGUACCUUUCUGACCUGCUGUUCACCAAAUAAUUUAUGGUAUAACUCUACACCCACAAAUUAUUAAUAUUUGAAUACUCAGUAUUCAGAAAAAUAUUCCUAUACUGUAUACAGUACUGUAUCUGCUUUGAAUCUUCCUUCUCGGCAGAAUCAAUAAAAUGUAUAUACAGUCCAGUACUACCCAGUAGCCAUAUUAAUAUUAGUAAAUUUUAAAUUAUAAUAUAUAAAAAUCCCAAGCUUAAUCAGUAUAAUUCUCUCAAAUUAGUGCAUUGUAUUUUAUUAAUUUAUGUCAGUUUAACAAGUUUAGAUCUCUUAAUUCCCUGACUAUUCCAAAAAAUAUAUAAUUUUACUUCAUUCUGCAGGCACAGAGUUCUGUAAAUAUGUCUUACACAACAGCAUCUAACCUCAGUGACUCAAUAUGCAACAGAACAUCUUUGUGAAUUCAGUGCAUUUACUUAAUUUCAAUCUUUUAUAUGGGCAUUUACAGGGUGGUGGCUUUCCUGAAGCCGCAAAACUAUUGAUUUUGUAGUUAUGGUUUAAUAUCACUCUUUGUCUGGGUACAGCAUGAUGCCAGCUGAUCCUACAUGCCAGCCAAAUGUGAUCUGAAACUGCAAAUAUCUAUUAGCCAAAUAUGGUAACUUCUUUUAAAGUUUCUACUUUAUUGUUUCAUGCCACCAGCAUUACAUCAGUUUAAAUAUAUUGUUUCCUUACAGUCACUUUGUCUAUAUUUUUAAUACACAGUCACAGUGUUAUUAACAGGGAAAAGAAAUAACGGAUCAGCAGAUGUAUUUGGUAUUCCUUGUUUCAAGGAUAAGGUCGCCAAGUACAGUGUGCCUGUCUUGUACACACACACCUACUGCCUAGGUAGAUGUCACAUGUUAGCACAAAGUUAUUGUUCCUGGGGAUCACAGUUCCCUUUUGAAAGCAGAGGGGAGGGGGUGCUAGCAUGUGUUUUUGUAGCUUCAUCGCACGUCCAACUUACCCCAUGCCCUAGACUGAAUGCUAGUAUAAGAAUGGUGAUGGAUUUGGGCUCAGUUAUUACUCUGCCUUUUGAUGAAUACAUUUCACAAUAUUGUUCCUAGGUCACACACCUAGUACUGCCAAUCAGGUGUCAAACAGCAAUUAUCGGAUAUUAUAUCAAAAGCUUUGUAUUAGAACUGUCUCAUCGAAUCAUUUUGUUAGCCUUGGCAUCAUUUUAAAUAAAAGCUGUCUGCCUUCCUGUUCCUGAAGCCAGCAUAGUUCACGAUGCCUCUCACUUCCUCAAGCCAGGCUAAGCCAUGCAAGUUAUUUCAUUCUCAGUAUUGAAGUAAAAAUGUACUAGUGCUUCUGUGAUAAUUUUACAGUUCAUCUAAGUCACUUGUCUUUUAGGUAAACUGGUUUCAAUACAAUGUUCUGACUGACUAGGAUGUUGUAUGGCUCACUUCACAGCUUUUCACUUACCAAAGUUUUUAAUUCAGUAUUUAUGCAAAAUUAAAACAAAAUGUUUUUUUCUGAUGCAUAUAACAUUAUAAAAUUAAAAUAAAAAAUUCAUACUAUGACAUUAAUGCCACAUUUUAGAAAUUGGUAAAAAACAUAACGGUGAAAAGCAGCCAGCACUACUUAGUGUGUUGAGUUACGGGAAUACAACCAGGUGGAGCUCCGUACGACAUUAUCCAGUCAUGUUAAGUGAGCUUUGUGGGAAGUAACAAUAGCACAGACAACUGUUACACUAGGUUACACAUUUCCUUUGUGAUUUCUUGUGUUGUUGCUAUCAGUGAGACUAGUGAAUAUAUUAUUUCAUGUACCAACCCUUUGGCAAUGGAAAUUUUGUAUUGACUACUAAAUUCUUUUAUAAAAUUGUUUGAAUAAUAAAGAUUCCAGCUGAAUAAG